GAAAAAGGUUGAGAAACACUGAUCUAGACCUAAAUCCAACUGAGAAUGUCUGGUAAGAUUUGAAAAUUGAUCUUCACAGACAUUUUGUUUCCAAUCUAACUAGAGCUUGGUUUAUUUUUAAAAGAAUGGGGGAAACUUUUUAAUCUUCUGUUUUUAAGAUUUAUUUUAAAAAACACGACAGAAUAAUGGCUCUGCAGCAAAUAACCCUUUAACGGAGCAUCAGGCUGGGAUUUCUUUAUUUUCAAACGACGAGAAUGAAGUCAUUAUUAUGACAGUAACAAUUAUCACAAAAUGUUAGGAGAAAAAAAAAGCUGUUUUAGUGAUAAAAAAGAAUAAUGAUCAUGUUUUUAUCACUGGAACCUCAAGAAGGAAUUCAGAUUACAACAGAAAUGUUCCAGCGGGGCGAUUCCUGGAAAAACCCAUAGAACAACAACAAGAAGCAAAGCCAAGAAAGAGCUGCGCGCGCACACACACACACACACACACACACACACACACACACACACACACACACACACACACACACACACACACACACACACAGCUGGGUUCCAAUAUAAACAUGCAGUAAAUAAUGAACCAGUCUCUUCGCUCCACAACAUGACAGCAGUUUUAAGAACGAGAUUUUUCUCCCGUGACUUUCUGUGGUUCAUCCUCCUGAUUUAUUGAGAAGCACGUGGGAAACGAGCUGAAUGAAGCGCGCGCACAGCAGAGAGGGAGGCAGCUCUCCAACAGGUGCAUCCUCUUCCUCUUCCUCCUCCUCCUCCUCCUCCUCUUCCUCCUGCUCCUCUUUACGCGCUCAGCUCCCUGCCUCUGCUCACUCUGCGGCUCAGACCUGCAGCCCUCAGAUCAAGUGUCGCUCCAAACUUUUCUCUCCGCUCUCAGGCUGAUCCAGCUGCACCACCGCGCUGGUUUUACGCGCAGCAGCUCCUGCAGCUGGAGCUCCCCUCCUCCCCAGCAUGGAUGACGAGUUCCUCUCCAACCUCUCCCCGGCUCCACCCGGAGACCCCGAGGCGUUGACCCCCAACUCCACCGCGGAGCCCGGCUGGUGGGGGGCCUCCGACGGCGGGGAGACGGUGCACUUCGUGGUGCGCUGCGUCAUGACCUCUGUCUACAUCCUCAUCAUCACCGUGGGUCUGCUGGGGAACAUCAUGCUGGUGAAGAUCUUCAUCACCAACAGCGCCAUGCGCAGCGUGCCCAACAUCUUCAUCUCCAGCCUGGCUGCGGGCGACCUGCUGCUGCUGGUCACCUGCGUGCCCGUGGACGCGUUCCGGUACUUCUCGGAGGAGUGGGUGUUCGGCGAGGCGGCGUGCAAGCUCAUCCCCGUCAUCCAGCUCACCUCGGUCGGCGUGUCGGUGUUCACGCUCACGGUCCUCAGCGCGGACAGGUACAAGGCCAUUGUGAACCCGAUGGACAUCCAGACGUCCAGCGCCGUCUUCUGGACGUGUCUGAAAGCCGUGUCCAUCUGGCUGCUGUCCGUCCUGCUGGCCGUCCCUGAAGCCAUUUUCUCACAAGUGAUUUCCAUGCAGGGUCACAGGGACAACAUGAACGUCACCUUCAUGAACUGCGUGCCCUACCCGCUGUCCAAUCAGAUGCAUCCCAAAAUCCACUCUGUGAUGAUCUUCCUGGUUUACUUCCUGAUCCCUCUGACCGUCAUCUCAGUGUAUUACUACCACAUUGCSCGCACGCUAAUCAAGAGUGCCUACGACAUGCCRGGSGAAGUCAGUGAACACACCAAGAGACAGAUGGACACGAGGAAGCGCCUGGCCAAGAUCGUUCUGGUUUUCGUGGGCCUGUUCGCCUUGUGCUGGUUCCCCAACCACGUGCUCUACAUGUACCGCUCCUUCCACUACCACCAGAUGGAUCUGUCGCUGGCCCACCUCGUCAUCACGCUGGUGGCCAGAGUCCUCAGCUUCUCCUCCUCCUGCGUCAACCCGUUCGCCCUCUACCUGCUCAGCGAGAGCUUCCGCCGGCACUUCAACAGCCAGCUGCGGUGUGGUCGAGGUCCCCGUCCUGAACGCCAGCCCAGCUACAUGCACAGCACCUCUCACAUCCACCUCACAUCCAUCAAGAAGACCACGCCCUCCGCCGUCAUUGUGGCUCCGGCAGCAAACGGGAACUCCACCACUCAGGAAGUGGCUCUGUGAAGUUUCCAGGAUCCUCUGCAGAGAGACGAUAAUCAUGUUUGAGAGGAACUCUGGGAAAAAAUCCCAGAGAAAAAAACAAACUUCUCACAUGUUGCACCAGCUGGAUGAUUCACAGCAUCAGUAUAAAUCAUGACCAUCAUAAACAACCAAAACAAGAAGUGCCUCUUUGAAACAAAGAAGAGCAGAAACAUCCUGAGAAUGUGCUACAACGCCCCACAUUUCAGAACAACUGAGGCUGUAGAAACAGGCACCAACACGUCCAGUCUGAAGCUUUGGAGACGGUUCGUCUGGUAAAAACUUCACAGACAUGCAACCACUGCCUGUCUAUGAAUGCAGAGGUUCAUAGGCAUCCAAAGGCGUUGGGUAGAGUGGCUGAACCUGGAAAUAUCUGCAAACUCCUGUCAUCUUUGGAGGUAUGAAGGCAGCUUGUCUGUUCAGCUCAACCCAAAACUGAAAAUUAAACUGCAUGUGGCUCUGCAGGCGCUGUGCAGAUAAACAGGCACUAUUCUACCAGGUGGUGCUCAGGCAAUGACGUCAAUGAGACAGUUUGGAUAUGUAUGUGGCGCCUGCAGGAGAAGAGGCAUCACUACCAGACCUUUCCCUUCGUUUAAUGUUCAGAAUGGACUCGCAUUUCAAGUAAAAAUAAUUUGGUCUUUAAUUGAACAUCACUCACAGUGAAAACCAGACCUAUAAUUACAGUUUGAGUGUGGAAAACAUCUCAGAUUGACAACAUACUGUUUUAACGAAAUCACUUUUUCAUCACUGGCUGUCAUCACAAACUCCUCCAGUAAAAUAAAUGUGAGUGAAACAUUUUUAUUCGUAGCUGUUUAAAGUCGAUCGAGUGUCUGAGAGCUUCUAAUUACAAAUCUACAAAUUUAUGUUUCCUUGAUUGACAGAGAAACCAAAAGCACCAUCAAGCAAAACGGAAAAGACAAAAUAAACACGCCAUCCAAGUCAGAAAGGUUUGUGUCGAUCUGUGUUCCUCUCGUCACCGUGGAGACGGAGGAGGCGGAACGGCAGGUAGAAACAUCACCAACUCUGACUGGAGUCUCAACGUUUCCCUAACAACCAUUAGAUGCCAUAACAAGUGGUCGCUUUGGAGGAAAGCCAGGAAAAAACAAAGCUUAUUUCAUCCUACCAUCACAAACGUACAACGGUACAUUGUUGUUCUACUGGGACUUUAACUGCGAAUGUUGCUUUGCUCAGAUCACACUAAGAGUUUCUGGUGUGUGAUAAAAGAUGAAUCACUUCAUGUCUCCUGAGUAAGGUAGAGGAUCUGUGAUGCUGAGGUGAACCAGGACAUCGACACAAAAUAUGGAUCCUCAUUGGAUCUAAAACAUGUGGGCAGGUGAACAUAGGAAUGUUUCACCAGACACCAAAUUAGCCUUCUUCUUCUCCUUCUCCUUCUCCUUCUUCUUCAACGUUUUAGAGGUCGCUUUGGAGGAAAGCCAGGAAAAAACAAAGCUUAUUUCAUCCUACCAUCACAAACGUACAAUGGUACAUUGUUAUUCUUCUUCUUCUAUGAUUAUCUCAUCUAAAGCCUGCAGAAGAGCUGAAAUAGAAAGUUUCCAUGGGAACCAGGACUCAGAGACUGGCUGCUGUUUAAUUACUGCGUCUGUGGCAAAAAGGAGCAGUGCAAAGUGUUAACAGUAAUAACUGAGGAUUUUGUUUAAAAGUUAUUUCUUCUCAUGUUAUCUUCCACAAUUAAAGGCUGGAUUUAGAGAAAAACCAUUACAUUUUAAUGGUUUACUAACAGGUGGUCAAUAUUCAAUUAUUGAGAGAAAAAAACACAACUCUUCAUGGUGCCACAAUUAUCAGAACAUCUUGAUGAUGCUGUCUGAACUUUGGAGGUUUAAAUGAUUUCAUUAUUUUAAGAACAAAAUGGUCAAUAUGUGAGUUUGAUAAGAACACAUUGGUUUCCCUAAAACCAGCAAACGUCGUUAGUGUUGAGAGGAAAAACCUCCGCAGGCUCAAGAAGUGAAUAUUUGGAAUUAAUUAACCGAAGGUGAGCUGAACACAAUCCCCGUUUUCCCUCUGCAGCCUGUAAUUAGUGUCUAAUUGCAUUACAGGAAUGACUUUUUAUUAAAGAGCUGUGAAGUAAACAAUUUCAGGAAUGAGGACUCAGUCAAACUGUGUCUAAUUAAAUGGGAUGAUUUACUUCCAGGAGUCAAGUUUGGAGUUUUCAGCUCGUCCUGAUGUUAGUAUUUAUUUCCAUCUGGCUGCUGCGGGUUGGGCGGUUACCGGCCCAGCAUGCACUGCUUCCUGUGGGGCUUUAAAGAUGGUGACAGACAGAGAGGACAGCAAUGCCUUAUGGGAAGAUUCCUGCUGAUUGCCUGGACCAACACAGCCCAGUGAUCACCAUCAUCUGUGCUUUUAACGCCAUGUUCUGAUAUUUUUCCUUCUUUCAAAUGCUUGAUGUGUUUUUUAUGUACCUCGCAUGCUUCUCGUUUUUCUGCUUUGCUCUGUAAUAAAUGUUCCUGUGCAGGCAAGUGAUCACACACCGUUUGGUCUCUGCUUGAUGGAAAUUGCUGAAUAAAGGUUUAGUCCGU